AUGGAGAAAACCGGACCAAAUGGUGCCCUGCCUUGGUUUUGGUCUAGGCGUUCCUCCGGUUCAAAACGGAAGUCUCCGUGCACGUUCCUGUGCCUUUCUCCCUUCGGUUCCUCGCCUCACCGGUUUAACGCUUAUCCGGUUUUUACCGUAUACACUUAUUGCAAGGUUGGCAAUGUUAAGGAUGCCAAACGACUUCUUCAUGAUAUGGGAGAGAAGGGGUACAGUCCGAAUUUGGUUACGUAUAAUGUGGUUAUCAGAGGCUUGUGUGGGACAGGUGCAGUUGAUGAAGCAUUGGAGCUAAAGAAGUCGAUGGAAGGAAAGGGAUUGGUUCCGGAUAGCUAUACGUGUAUCACACUCAUUGAUGGCUUCUGUAAGAAAAAGAGGUCUAGGGAAGCAAAACGAAUAUUGGAUGAAAUGUGUGAAGUAGGUCCAAAUCCUGAUCAUUUUGCAUAUACUGCGUUAAUUGAUGGAUUCAUGAAGGAGGGCGAGGUGGAGGAGGCAUUUAGAAUAAAGGAUGAAAUGGUUGCACGUGGAAAGAGUUUGAAUAUAAUGACCUAUAAUUCUAUCAUAAAUGGGCUCUGCAAAGUCGGCCAGAUGGAUAAAGCAGUAACUAUCAAGGGUGACAUGAUUAAAAUGGGUAUAUUCCCUGAUGUGCAAACAUACAAUUAUUUAAUUGAGGGCUAUGGUCGCAAGAAUAACACGGAUAAGGUUUCUGAACUUUUGGUUGAGAUGACUGACAGAAACUUGGUACCUUCGGCCUAUACUUGUGGUGUGCUGAUUAAUGCUUACUGCAACUCUGGAGAUCUCUGUCAAGCGAUUCUUGUUUUGGAGAAAAUGAUUGCAGCUGGUGUGAGACCAAAUGCUGUCAUCUACACCCCCAUCAUAAAAGGCUAUGUAGAGGAUGGUAAAUUUGAAGAAGCAAAACAAAUUGUGCAGGAUAUGUGGCAGAAAGGUAUAUUACUUGAUAUCUUCUGUUAUAAUUCAAUUAUUAGUGGGCUCUGCAAGGUGGGAAGGGUAGAUGAAGCAAAAAUGUGUCUGGUUGAAAUGGAGAAGAGAAGAUUGAGACCGAAUUCAUAUACUUUUGGGCCUUUUAUUUCUUGGUAUAGAGAGGCAGGGGAUAUGCAAGUUGCAGAACAGUAUUUCUGGGAGAUGCUAGAUCGUGGUGUAGCGCCUAAUUAUGCCACUUUUACGCCUAUCAUUGACGGGUACUGUAAACAUGGGAAUAUAUCGCAAGCAUUUUCAGUACUGAAUCGCAUGCUUAAAAUAGGACGAUUGCCAAACGUUCAGCUUUAUGGUGUUCUUAUAAAUGCCCUCUCAAAGAAUGGGAAGUUGUCAGAUGCCAUGGAUGUUCUAUCUGAACUUUAUUGUAAGGGUCUAGUUCCUGAUGUGUUCACUUACACCUCACUGAUUUCUGGUUUCUGCAAGCAGGGUAAUUUGGAAAAGGCUUUUCUACUUCUUGAUGAAAUGAGUCAAAAGGGGGUUAGACCAAACAUCGUGACUUAUAAUAGCUUAAUAGGUGGUCUUUGUAAGUCAGGUGACCUAUCGAGAGCCAGAGAAGUGUUUGAUGGUAUUUCUGGAAAGGGUUUGGCACCAAAUGGUGUGACUUAUUCCACUAUCAUUGAUGGUUACUACAAAGCCGGUGAUCUGAAUGAGGCAUUUCGUCUAUCAGAUGAAAUUCCUUUACGGGGCGUUCAACCGGAUGCCUUUGUAUACAAUGCUCUUCUUCAUGGAUGCUGCAAGGCAGGAGAGGUAGAGAAGGCAUUGCCAUUAUUCCAUGAAUUGAUAGAGAAGGGAAUUGCAUGCACUCUUACUUUCAACACAUUGAUUGAUGGGUUCUGCAAGUUAGGAAGAUUGAGUGAAGCACUGGAGUUGGUGACAAAUAUGUCUGAUAUGCACAUCCCAACUGAUCAUGUAACUUACACCAUUUUAAUUGACUACUGUUGCAAGAACGGAAUGAUGAAAAAAGCAGAAGAGCUUUUCCAAAAGAUGCAAGUUAAGAAACUGAUACCAACCAUUGUGACUUACACUUCACUCAUUCAAGGUUAUCACAAAAUUGGAGAUAAAUUGAAGGUGUUCUCACUAUUUGAGGAGAUGGUGGCAGGGGGAAUUCAGCCUGAUGAAGUAGUCUACAGCUCGAUGGUUGAUGUACUUUACAGAGAAGGGAAUCCACAUAAAGCUUUCAGUCUUUCGAAUGAACUUUUGGAUAAAGGUCUUUUGAAAGGACAUGUAAGUGAAACAUUAGCCGGGUCUUGGUGUGAGAAAGGAGAAACUUCUGCACUAUUGGCAGCACUCAAUGAAAUAGGAGAGCAAGGUUUUGUACCUAGUCUUGCUAUGUGCAGAAAAGAUGGAAAAAAAAAAAACUUACUUCCUGUAUAUCCUGGCAUCCUGUUCGGUUUCAUUGUGCUUAUUGUUUUCCUGGAGAAUGCAUCAAAUUAUAAAUUGGAUGUGCUACAGAAAUCAGGCAUGGAGUUGAAAUUGGAUGAGUUUAGUGCUUUCUCUUUGUUUGUUUGGACUGUAUUUGGGCUUUGUGGAACCUGGUUCGCCACUUUGCCUAGACUAAACCCUAAGAGUCUUGAGACUGAGGAUUGA